AUGUCAGCGUACGGUGGCAGCAAUCGUCCUCAUUCGAGGUCCCAAACUCCCGUUCAAGAUGUCGCGCGGACAUCUAGUUACGCCUCUCACCGACCACGAACGGCAGAUACCACCGGUACAAGCGGUGCCCAUAGCCAUAGAUCAAUCGAAGGCGAUGCAAAAUCUAUGGAUGGCAGUACAAGAGGUGGUACCGCAGAACCACCUUCCCGGCAACCUUCGACGUUGAAGAAGAGGAACUCGUUCAGAAGAAGUAGCUCUCUGAAGCGAUCGGGAUCUCGGUCGCGCAGGUCAACUGUUGGAGAGAUGGAUAGCGAAAACCCAAACUCUGCCUUUCACUCACCCGUCCCUUCUCACGGGAACCCGACGGAGGUUUUAGCCAGCAGGUUUUCAGGAUGGCGCCGGAUCUUGAAAGAUUACAUAGCAUAUUUUAAGGAUGUCCAGGUUGCUUAUGAAACCCAAGCCAAAACCACCAGUAGGCUUUUUCAUACCUUGAACAGUGCCAUUGAGCCAGAAAUGUUUCUUCGAUCCGGAGGUAUUCUUGAAACGAAUGUCGUCCUGAAAGAACACCAUAAGUCCGCAAUGCUAGCUAGCGAGCAAGCAAAGCAAAUUCAAGUCCAGAUUAUUACUUCGCUGAGCGGUCUGCGGAAUGACCUCACAGGGAAAAUAAAGGAAAUCAAAGGUCUGUCUGGCGACUUCAAAAAUACACUAGACAAGGAGAGAGAGGGAACACGCAGGGCGGUUACACAGCUAGCGGAUGCCCUGCUCGCUGUUGAUUCCAACCCUUCCCUAGCCUCUGGCAAGAACGAUCCGUAUAUCGUGAAACUUUCGGUUGACAAGCAACUUCGACGACAGUUGGCUGAGGAGAAUUAUCUCCAUCGGGCAUACCUGAACCUCGAGAGUAGUGGCCGCGAGCUGGAAAGUAUUGUGGUCUCGGAGAUUCAGAAAGCCUUUGACUCUUACAUGAAGAUCAUCAGAAUGGAAGGUGCGGAUCUUACAGACACAGCUGAAAGACUGCAAACUCGCACUAUCAACCUGCCACCAGAUCACGAGUGGUCGUGCUUUGUUGAACGGGAUCCCGAUUUUGUCGACCCCCGAAUCCCGGUUAGAGUUUUUGAUAGUGUAGAGUACCCUGGCUGGAACCACCCAGCGGCAGUUGAAGUCAGGGCCGGACUUCUCGAGCGAAAGUCAAAGUAUCUUAAAUCCUAUACACCGGGGUGGUAUGUUUUAUCACCUUCACAUCUUCACGAAUUCAAAACACCAGAUAGAAAUCAUGAUAUGACUCCGGUGAUGUCACUUUACCUUCCUGAUUGUACUAUGGGUAGCCAUACACAGCCAGGUGCGAAUUCUCACAAAUUUGUUGUGAAAGGCCGACAAACCGGCGCUUUGCAUCGCGGCCAUAGUUGGGUUUUCCGUGCGGAGACGCAUGAGGAUAUGAUAGGUUUCUACGAAAACAUCAAAAAACUGAUUGAGCUCUCCGGGCCCGAGCGAAACGCUUUUGUCGCGUCUUACCAAAAGCAUCAUACCCCUCCGGACACGGCAACGAAAGAAAACGGCUCUUUGAGCUCCGAGAAUGGACUGGAGAAUGACGAGGCUGAUGAAAUCCCAUAUUCUGCGGACCGCAGUGCACUAGUUGGUUCGGAGCCCUCUAUUCAUGAACCUCGACCCGAGGGUGGAAGAUUCCCUUCCGAUAUUGACAUUCAACGACGGCGUUCACUCAGAUCCGCGACCAGUGGCGCCUCCAACCAGUCACUAAAUUCCGCACCCGGCAUCGUCCAGCCGCAGGAGAGCUAUCCUGCCGGCCUAGGAGGUGAGUUUGACGAGCACCGGUUCAAUACCUUCGCGGCUGGGCGGCCAGGAAUUCAACGUAACCCAUCUGCAUUCUCGUAUGAUGCACAGCAUCCACCAACUUCAACCAUACGUGGUGACGAAAAUUUCCAGCCCGUUUUAGCACACGUUUCCCCGGAUGUCGAACGCAAGAUGUCGCAGCAAACGGAGUCGGGCGGCACCGUGGAGCGCAGAGAUAGCAUGACCGCAUGGGCUCGAGAGACCCCUUCGAGAAGGCCGACGGCGACUUACGGACUUGAUCCUAUAACAGGUCAGCCUGAUUUAUCCGCACGCCAACAUAUAGACACCGCAGCCCGCCAAGGUUCUGCUUCGGAUAACACCCAGCCUAACCUCGCGAUUUACGAGGCCGGGGCCGCAUUGGGUGUAGCAGGUGCGGGCGCAUACGAGCUUUACCGGACAUCACAGCCUACAUCGGGUUCAAGCGGACAGGAAGCCGUACCAAGGGGGGCUUCUUCUACGAAUGUCACAAACCCCGCCAAACUCACAGAUACUGUAUUCGUACCUUCAGAAACGGGGACACCGCAACGGCCCACAAAGUCAUAUGGUGACCUCCAGACUCUUGACGGUGAACCUCAAAUAAUUCCUACCCAACGCACAAAUUCGAACUUCACAAUAUCUGACUUCCAUGUCCCCGGUGGAUACCCUAAAUAG